AUGGCUGGAGCAGUUGCAGUGACCUGUAUUAGCCACUUGUGGUACCAAAAUUUGCAAAUACUUUCAUUUUCCCAGUACUCCACAUUGCCGCCAGAUCUGUCUCUCCCCAGUUUCCAAGAGCUCAGCGUUGUCAUGAGCACUGUUGGUGGGCUAGAUGCGGAGUUGAGCCUAAAUAAGUUUAAAGAUUCUUUAACUUCGUCUCUUGUGAGCACUAUUGAUUCUAGUAAGCACGAGGCACACAAAAGAUUGCUCAGGUUCUUUUUAUGGUCUAGUAAGAAUCUGAAUCAUAGUUUGGAAGACAAGGAUUACAAUCAUGCUCUUCGAGUUUUUGCUGAAAAGAAAGACUACACAGCAAUGGAUAUUUUGAUGGGAGAUCUCAAGAAGGAGGGUCGAGUCAUGGAUGCAGAGACUUUUGGUGUUGUAUCGGAUACUUUGUUUAAUCUGGGAAAGAAGAUGAGCAUUGGGUGUUUUCAAAACUUAGACAAGUAUAAUUGUUCUAUAGAUGAUACUGUCACUGCUAUCAUUAAUGGGGGGCAUGCCAAGAGGGCUGAAGGGGUAGUUUGGCAUCAUAGAGACAAGAUUACAGGCGCACUACCUUGCAUAUAUAGAAGUCUUCUUUACGGGUGGUCUGUGCAGAGGAAUGUGAAAGAAUCUAGGAGAAUUAUUAAAGAGAUGAAAACGAAUGGGUUUAUUCCAGAUUUGCUAUGCUACAACACAUUACUCAGGUGCCUCUGUGAACAGAAUCUUAGACAUAAUCCUUCGGGACUUGUUCCUGAAGCUUUAAAUGUCAUGAUCGAGAUGAGGUCUUAUAGGGUUUUCCCAACCUCUAUCAGUUACAACAUACUCCUUUCUUGUCUAGGGAAGACCCGAAGAGUCAAGGAAUCUGUUCAAAUACUCGAAACAAUGAAAAAUUCUGGUUGUGAUCCUGAUUGGGUCAGCUAUUAUCUUGUGGCAAAGGUGUUAUUUCUGAGCGGCAGGUUUGGUAAGGGGAAAGAGAUAGUGGAUCAAAUGAUUGGAAAAGGUUUGAUGUCAAAUCAUAAGUUUUACUAUAGUUUAAUUGGUAUUCUCUGUGGAGUUGAAAGGGUAAAUCAUGCUGUUGAACUGUUUGAGAAAAUGAAGAAAAGUUCAAUGGGAGGUUAUGGACCUGUUUAUGACGUGCUCAUUCCAAAGCUUUGUAGAGGCGGAAAUUUUGAAGGGAGAGAGCUCUGGGAUGAAGCUAAAUCAAUGGGCAUCAUUCUUCAGUGUUAAGAUGUUUUGGAUCCUUCAAUAACGCAAGUUUACAAACCUAAGAAGCCAGAAAAAAACAGUCUUGUAGACAGCUCUAAAGCCAAUCUACACACAAAUUAA